UUUCAAGUAUUACUACAGUCUAAAAGGAAUAUUGAUCAUUUGAAUUUCCCAAGCGGCAAAAGUCACCAUAAUGGAUAUUAAAAGUCUUACUUGUUGCUUCAGUUGCUUAUUUUCCAUUCUAAUCAUUGCCAUAAUGUGUAAUCCAACCGCAUCAAGUAAUUCGGAAACAAAGAAAAAGUACAUCAUUUUUGAUACGGACAUGGGUUCAGACGAUGCUUGGGCCCUGCAAAUGAUUUUGAAAGCGGAAAAAGAACAACAAAAUGUAAAAGUAUUGGCAAUCACAGCGGUUUCUGGAAAUACAUCACCAGAAAACGUGGCCAAAAACUCUUAUCGCAUUCUGGACGGUGUCGGUCGUACUGAUAUUCCGAUUUAUAAAGGUGCCAUCGAAGCAUUUAUUCCUUCCGAUUUACAGUCUGCUCAAUUUUAUGGUGUGAAUGGAUUUAGCGAUGUUGAAUUUUGGAAACCUUCUUAUCCACACGAUGUCAAUGAAAUUUUCCAACAGAAAAGUGCAGUUGAAAUCAUUCGUGAAUUGGUUAUGACAAAUCCACACGAAAUAUCAAUAAUUAGCAUUGGACCACUGACCAAUGUUGCAUUGGCCAUAAAAGCAUAUCCAGAAAUCAAAGAAAAUAUCAAAGAGAUUUAUAUUAUGGGCGGAAAUUAUCAAGGAAAAGGAAAUGCAUUGAGAGGUUCCGAAUACAAUUUUUUCAAAGAUCCAGAAGCAGCAUACAUUCUUCUAAACUCUCUUAAUUGUCCAAUAACAAUUUUGCCUAUUGAAUCUCCUGAAAGCGUUAAUAUUACAUUGGAAUGGCGAUUCAAUGUAUUGGGAAAAGUCGACAAUGAGAAUGUGCAACUCUUGAAUAAAGUGGAGCAAAUUGCAUUCCGCAACAGUGAGCGUUUUGAACCAUUUGAUGCUUUAUUAGUUGCAUCGUUUUUAUUCCCGGAAUGUAUUCGCCAACAAAAUCGGUAUAAUGCGACGAUUGAAUUGCAAGGAAUUCACACUCGUGGUCAAAUGGUUUUUGAUCGUAGUAGCAGUGACUACAAUGUGAACGUUGUCGAAAUGGUACAUGAAGACAAAUUCAAGGAAAUUCUGCUAUGGGCAGCUAAACCAUAGAUGGAACCAAAAUAAAUAUUGUUUAUAAUAUAAAUAUGAUUGAUUAAAUAAAAUUGAGAAAGAUCAAAGAAAUCAUAUCGGAACAA